AUGGCUCAGAACACUAUGUAUGAGCAUCCGGGAAACCCUCCCAUUAUCCAUGCUCGGCAAAGGGCCCCAGCAACACUUCGACCAUACGGCGCUAGGGACAACCGUCCAGUUAUGGUAGACUUCGAACAAUCACGCUCUUACUACCCAGGAACACCUUCUCCCAUGGAAAACUACGGCCAUAUGAUGAACCAGCCCGUUGGACGCCUUUCUUACCCUCCAGUUGGGCACUCUAUGGCAACGGCCCCUGGAUACCCUGAAUGGAACCAUCCUGUCCACGAGCCCGUGCGACAGGAUGUUGGACCCCUGAAUUCCCCGGAAAGCCCGACUUAUAUCGUGGAAAGAUCCGUCCGGCGAGGUGCCGAGCCAAGCCGAGGAAGCUCCCAGUAUAUUUCCCAGAGACGUACCUCCGUUCGGGGAGAUGAAUUUGAUGGCCCCCAUCAAAUUCUGGACCCGCCUUCGUCUCGAAGUGUGCCAGCUCGAGAGGAAGAGCUGCCCCAGCUCCCUACUAACCUAGAUGCUGCUGAACAAGACAAAAUCUUGCACGAAGUUAAUGAUCGUCUCUCUCUAUCAGCUUAUGAGUUCUUCGCAAGAUAUCAGUUCCCCAUUCCACUGGAAACGGACAAGAGGCCUGUUCAGGUACCUUCAGACCGAGAGUGGAAUGAAUGGGUGCAUCUGUUGAAGAGACUUGCCACCAGGCGUCGUAUUCCUCGACACACUUUGCACAAUGGCCAAAUCAAACAGCUCAUCACUGUUCUUGAAAAUUCCCUGGAGAUGCGCCAUGCUGCCAAGCAUAGCUCACGCCCUGUCAAGGAUGAUCGUAAUGUGCUUCAGCUCAUCUCUGCAGGAACGCAGGUUGCGAAGAUUCUUAAAGAUUCUAGCGCUAUGCAGUUCUUCGACCGUCUUUAUGUUGACACGGAGAAGACUAUUCACGACCGACGCCGCCGCGUCAGAUUUGCUACCCCUUGA